AUGUCAGGUCCGCCAUUUACGGUCCGCUCGGUUUUCGAGUAUGCUUCGGGCCAUGAUGACGACCUCAACUUUCCCAUCGGUCAAAUCGUGACCGUCACCGCUCUCGAGGACGACGAUUGGUACUACGGCGAAUACUCAGACGCCCAGGGGGCCAAGCAGGAGGGCAUCUUCCCGAAGAACUUCGUUGAAAAAUACGAACCUCCGGCCCCUCCGAGGCCCUCUCGACCCAGACCGAAAAAGGAGCCCGAGCCGGUGCCAGCAGAGUCCCCCGUGGUUGAAAGCAAGCAAGCUGAGCCUGAGCCCGAGCCCGAGCCCGAACCCGAGCCAGAGGUGCAGCCCACGGAGGAAGAUUAUGAGAUUGCAUCCCCGCAGGCACCUCUUUCUCAGUCUCCUCUACGUGCGAGUGCCCCUAUAGCAGAAGUUGCAUCCUCGCCUCCGCAGCCGGCAAAGGCGCCUGCUCCGGCCCCUCCCGUGGCCGCAACUGAACCCGCUGCCAAAGCACCCUCAAAACCUGCGCCUCCAGCUGUGGCGGAGAAGCCUUCGGGGUCGUCAUUCAGGGAUCGUAUUGCUGCCUUCAACAAACCUGCUGCGGCACCAGUUACGCCAUUCAAACCGGGUGGUUCCCAGCCAUCUUUCAUCAAGAAGCCUUUCGUCGCGCCGCCUCCUAGCCGGGACGCCUACAAGCCUCCACCAAGAGAACCCGCACCCAAGGUCUACAAAAGAGACGAGGACCCCGAUGUGAAAGAGCAAAUUGCCCGCGAGCCCCCGGUUUCUGAAAGCCGGCCUGCUCCUGUUGAGGGCGGGGAAGAGGGCGCAGAGGACCAGCCCAAGCCAACUAGUCUGAAAGACCGAAUUGCUUUGCUCCAGAAGCAACAAUUAGAGCAAGCUCAGCGUCAUGCAGAAGCAGCCCAGAAGAAAGAAAAGCCCUCCCGCCCCCCUCCUAAGAAGUCGAUGGAUGAACCCGUGGCUCCCGUGCUCGAUGAGGAACAGGAGGCUCCCUCUGUCGAGGAAUCCUCGGCUACUCGGGAUCCUAGUGUUGAUACCAUGAGGGCUGCGCCCCCUCCUCCUCCACAGCCCCCCGUCCCAUUCUCGCCCACCCAAGAAAUCGCGAGUGACGCCAACGAUGCCGACGACUCUGCUGCUGCAGACUCCGAGGAUGCUGGCGAGACAUCUGCUAGUAAGGAUGACGAGGAAGAUCAGCCUCAGCCUCGUCCGGUCUCCCAGCGCCAACCGCCGACUCGUGCGGUCGAGCAAACUGCCGAGGCGGAUGUUGAAGACGAGGGCGACGCAGAGGAAGAGGAAAUGGAUCCUGAAACUAAGCGCAGAAUGGAACUGCGUGAGCGAAUGGCUAAGAUGAGCGGUGGAAUGGGUAUGAUGGGUCUUUUCGGCCCUCCUGCUGGAGGUAUGCCAGGCAUGUCUAGUGCCGGUGGUGCUCGCAAGGCCAAGACCCCCGGCGAGUCAGAGAGAAGGCUUGGAGAACUCGAGCCUGAGCCCACUUCCCCUGCCAAUGCGCCCCCAGUUCCUAUGAUUCCCCUUCCUGGAAUGAAUGUGGCUAGCAAGCCGGCACCUUCUUCUGUUGAAGUGGAGAAGGAAGAGGAGGAGCCUUCGGCAACUCCUCUCACGGAACAACACCCUGCACGCGAGGUGCCAGACGUCGAGGAGGUCAUCCACGAAGGUGCACUGCCACGUACCUCUAUUGAUCGUCCGGCCCCGGCUCCCCCGUCUCAGGUCGCAGAUCGUUCCGCACCUCCUCCACCUCCUCGAGAGUCAAGACCCGUCCCGACUGUCCCAGGUGAGCCACCAGCUUCCCCUCCGCCAGUUCCUGUCGGCCGAUCAGCUCCUCCUCCUCCUCCGCGGCCCACAACCGCUGACAAGGGUGAAGAGUCCGAUGAUGAAUUGUCGGUCCACACAUCGAAUCUGUCGCUGAAUACCUCAGUUGCUCCCCCAGCCGUGCCUGCGCCUGCGAUACCUGAUCAGAUUGAUUCUCGCCGUUCCUCGACAUAUGACACUGUGCCCUCUACGGCUUCGACCCCUGCGGCUGAAAAGAGAGCUAGUCGUCUACCACCCCCUAUCCCGGCCGCGGUCCCCCACCCCCCACCUCCCGAUCAGCUUCGUCGCCGAUCUACCGCUGAUAGUCGGACGAGUGCGUUAGCCGCUUCUCGACAGGCUGGAGAAGAAGCAGAAGGAGAGGUGACUGAAUACGAUGGAGACUACGACACUGAUAUCGCAUCGGGAGUGAAACACAAGGAUGCUCUGAAAGCUCACGACCGUGACUCCAGCUUUGACGAGGGUAUUAUCACCGACGACCACUCUAUUCAGUCCCCGCGCAGCCCCCAGGAAUCCCGGCAUCCCCCACCUCCUCCGCCCACGGCUCCCAGAGCAGUUCCGCCUCCACCCCCAAGCCAGCCGCCCCGGAGUGCCCGUGCGUCUAUCGACACACCCAGGGGACCGCCGCCGCCUCCGCCGAACAGAGAGCAGGCGAGCGAUAAUGAUGAUGUUGAGUAUGACCCUUUCAACUACGCCGCUCCCCGGCAUGGUCUCCCCACAUCACCGCCCCUCCCGAUCGGUCGCCCGGAGGCUCCUCCUCCUUUCCCACCACAGCAAGCGGCCGAUGAAUAUGACGAUCUGUAUGAUGCGCCCCCUGUGCAGAGCCCGGUAAAAGAAAGACCCUCUGCCUUGAAUGAGAAGCGUCUCUCACUGGCGCCUAUGCCCCCUCAAAGCCAGUCUUCUUCAAGUUUGCCAUCCCCGUCCGCAGCCCGAACCCAGCGCGCAUCUAUGGACCUUCUAAGAAAUCAGCCUAACCUUCGUCGGUCCAUGGAUGUUUCUCGCCCAUCUAUUGACCAAGGCUACAUCGCUACUGAUGUUGAUUUUGCCACGUAUACCCUCUGGUGGACUAAACCCAACACCCCGCCUCCGUCUUUCCAGAACCGCAAUGAUCUGCUUUUCGAGGUCGAAGAGACUGCAUCCACCAACCGCAGCGGUAAAACAACAGUCUCGAAGGAUGUUUAUAUCUUAACCCCGCGGAUGCUUCCUUCGAGCAGCGCCAUGAACCCCCCGCCGCUCCCGCUUCGCCAGGACCAACUUGAGCAGGCUCACAUUAAGCUUGGGACCCGAAUCUCAGAAGCCGUCAACUCGGUCCAGAAUUCUACUGUUGGGGACGGCACUCCUUUCGGGCUGAUCCAGUACCUGCUCAAUCCUCUUUCCGACGCGCUACUUCCCGUAGGCACUCGCGGAUACGGUGCCUCGGUUUAUUCCAACCUGGCCAAUGCCUCUGUGUCUCAGAAUGACGAGAUCCGCGCCGGUGAUAUUGUCAGCUUCCGCAAUGCCCGAUUCCAGGGCCACCGCGGCACCAUGCACCAGAAGUACAGCGCCGAGGUAGGGAAGCCCGACCACGUCGGCAUCGUGGUUGAUUGGGAUGGCACGAAGAAGAAGAUCCGAGCCUGGGAGCAAGGCCGUGAGAGCAAGAAGGUCAAAAUGGAAAGCUUCAAGCUGAACGACCUCCGUAGUGGUGAAUGCAAGGUCUGGCGCGUGAUGCCCCGCAGCUGGGUGGGCUGGGAAGCUAGUAAGUAA